AGAUUCCAGAAUGACAUUGCUUUAAUUCACAGAGUAGGUAGGCAGUGAUUUGUGAUCCCACCAGGUUUUCUUUAAAUAACAGCCACCCACAGCUACAGGAUCCUUACAGGUGUGGCUUUGUGUAGUCAUCCUGACCUCUGCAGCAUUAGGCUGAUGAUCCUCUGGCAGGGGUGUGCCCAGAUGCUCUGGUACAUAAAUUUGGCCUGGUUGUUUCCAUGUGUACAAACAACCUGGAAUGUCCAAGUUGUUAGUUCCUAGGAAUAUUCAAGAAGCAAUUUGCUUCCACUGUUGUGUUUGUGGCUUGGCAUCUCUCUGAGGUUAUGAGGUUUAAACAAGUGAGGCAUAUAGAUUUUUUUCCCCUUAUAAACUACUUUCUUGAAAGCUUUGUAUUUUUUUGUGGUAACUAAGGCUCCAAGAGGCUGACUGCCAGCAAAAUCAGGUCUUUCUGCCACCUUCAAUGAUUUUCUGCUAAUCCAAAAGAUACAUAACUUCCUGGUUUUCAUUUAAUAACAAGCUAAAAAUAUGAAUACUGAUCAACUGCUUAGUAAUAUAUCUUAAGUUAUAAGAUAAUUUAAAUUGUGAGUAGCUAGCUCAUGAUAAGAACUGAAGUUUGAUAAAAAUGCAGAGAUGUGAUUGUUAAUACUUUAAACAAAACCAUCUUAAUGCUGGAAACAUUAAAAUGUAGUCAUGAUUGACUUUUUUGUAAGUUUGGAUGUUUUGGAUGAGUUUGCCAAGAAAGACUGGAACAAAACAUCCUGGAAGUAUUUCUGUAGCCUGGUAUUCUAUGACUUUGUUGUCAUUGCUUUUUCAAAAAAAAAAAAAAAAGAGAUAAUAAUUUAUAGGUAUUUGAAUAGCUUGCUGAUCAUAUUUCUGUGUGAGAUUUCAUCUGCUCUGUGUGUGCACUUUUUAAAGACUGGAAAGAACAGUGAUUUUCCUGCUUUCUCAAGUACUGGAAUUAUGAAGUAAUAAAAAUAGAUAAAUUAUCCUUGCUUUUACCACAUUCCUUCUGUUCUGCACUAGAGAUUCUCUAGCUACAAAGCAUCAAAAUAGUUUUUCAGCCCAACACAAAUAAGGGGUGAAACCUCGAAUUAUUUUCCUUCAGAAGCUUGCAUUUAGCAGAGGGCAGCUUGAAAGUGUGUAAGAGCUGACUCUUAGGAUGAGAGAGGCCAACAUGCUGUAUUUCUCCUUCAUAAUCCCUUCAGUAAUCCUAAUCCAGUUGAGAUCUGUAGCCUUUAUUAAGUGUCACAUGGUAGAAGAUUCUUAAGUCUGUUCAUAACCAGGCAGUAAAUAAAUCAAAGAGUCUGCAACAGUUCUGAGUUGCACGUGCACAGAGACAUGGCCUGUCAUGCUGCCUGCCCAAGGGAACACCUUAGUUCACUAUUUGGAUUCUGAGGAGCAGAUUUUGCAUCUGUAACUAAAAAAAAAUAGCAUCAGAAACCACUGAUCAUUUGGGUACUGAAUACAACCAAAAUUUAUCAAUUGGAGAGCUUCAGUUGUGUUUAUCUCAACACAUCCAUAAAUUAGGACUUGGCAAGGUAAGUUGUGUUUUUCUUUUUAAUUCUUUGCAACAGGGUUUUGUGUUCAGAAAUAGCUUAAAGUUGAAGGUAAAAUAUCCUUUUUGUAUGCCAAGGUGUAUAAAGCUGCAUUUGGAAGUUUUGUAUCUGUAAUUCCCUGUUUUGGCACUGCAGUAACUGUAGGUGUGUGAAAUAAAACACACUUCAUCUUGUUUGCAGCUGUGAGUGGUGCCGGGUCUGAUGUGCAUGUGGGCCAUACAUAGGUCUUUACUCUGAGGUGAGGUAGGAUCAUCACUUUCCCUAGUGCCAGCUAGCAUUUUUAUCCUUGGGAGAAGUAUUUGAUUGGUUUUUAAUUAACCUGUAGCUCCUUAACUAUUGCUGUUUUUCUUUCAGCAGAACUUGAAAUUUGUUUCCCUCCAAUGUAUCUUUUAGGUUUUUCCCUAGUAAGCUUUCUAGUCUGUUAUGUCCUCCUGUUGCCUUCCAUGUUCUGCUCACCUGUUCCCUCCAUUGCUGGAAGGUUUAUAAAACUGUCAGGUUAGUGGGCAUCCUGUUCAUGAUACAUGAAAUAUCACCUUUCCUAGGAACAGGCUUCACAUUAGCUAAGUUACUUCUGGCAGGUCCUGUGGGUUGAGCAUCACAUGGGCUACGAUGUGCACAAGUUCCCAGUGUACUGGAUUUGGUUCAGAAUGCUGUCCCUUGCUUUUGUUUUGGAGAAGUUAAGAUAAUUAGGCUAAGCCAGGAAAUGUAGCUAGGCUUUUGUUUGUGUUUUGCGGUGAUUGGCUCAAAUGGAUUUGUGCAAGGUUUCCUUGCCUGAAUUUCAUGGGGUACUAAAUGGUGUUAUUGAGCAAGUCCUUUGCUUGUGUUUGAAGAGCUGCAAGAACUGUAUUACCCAGUGGCUCAGGAAGUGCAUGGGUUUCUGCUACUUUAUCUCUCUACUGGCUGUGAAACAUUACCUCUGGUGGUCAGGGGAUGUGCAUCUCCUCUAUGAGUGUGUGGCCUUUUCCUGAGGCUCUGAACUUGGUGUUCCACUGGUUGUCUGUGCCCAUGUGGGGCUCUCAAGUCCUUGCCUUUUUAGUGGUGGUUUAAGUGUGUGCAGUGGCUUUUGUCACCUGGUUUUAGAGCGUGGGUGUUGGCUGGCAGGUGCUCUGUGCCAUGGCAUGUACCAGGGACAGCCCAGUGUGAAGGAGGUGUGAGGAAAACCUGUUGUGGAGGCCUCUUGAUUUUACCUGAGAGAAGGAAGUAUUUCUGCAGGAGAGUGGCAGCCAAGAGCAAGAUGAGGAAGGAGUGCUUGCUAGUGGCUGUUUCCUGGAUGGAUCAUGUUUCUCACAUGGAAGUUAAUACAACCUUGUACCUGAAGUGGUGCUGCUGCUCAGUUUUUGAGGGUAUGCCUUGAUGGGUCUCUGUUCCUCUUCCAUUUCUUAGGUGCAGGAAUUUAGGAAGGGAAGGGUGCAUGUCACUGUUGGGUGGAUGAGGAAGGAUCUGAAGUGCUGAGCAGUCGGACUGGUUCUGUUCUUCCUCAGUCCUUCCAGCCUUGGAACAGGUUUGAUUCUAUUGGAGCCUGAUUUACUCCUGUGUGCUCCUUUGUUCAGCCUGUGGCCCUGACAAAAAUCUGAGGGCAACAAAUGAAGAAGUUCAUGGCUCCAGAAACUGCUUGGGGGGACCUGCUGAUAAGCCUUUUUAUGAUAUGAUAAUUAGGGCACACUAUAACACUAGGCUAUCCCUCGCCAUGGAUGGCAAAACUGUGUUUAAAGCAGGGCUGCCCAAAUAAUAAAUGCCUGUUUUGCAGAGAGAGAAAUAAGAGAAAAAUUGUUGCCAAAGGUGACCUCAAAUCCAAGGUGAUAUUUUAUCAAAGCAGACAGGUGGUACCCUUGAACACAUCCUCAGCAGGCAAAGCACUGAACACCAUACUUGAGUGUUUGCUUCAAGUUUGUUCUCCAUUGUUUUAAAAGUAACCUAGAAGUGUUCCAGUUCCUGGGAAUGGGGCCAGUGAAGAAUUAAUAAUUUUUAUUGUUACUUCUCUGUAAAACUAAAACUUGUUGAAAUCCUCACACCUGUGUUAUUAAGUGAAAUUUUUGUUUGUGUAGGCCAGAUGGGCCUAUGCUCAGAAGUUCCAAAGUUCUUCCUGAACUCUGAUUUCCUUGAUACAGGAGGUUACAAACAAGAGCUAUAACUGGUGAGUUUUGUGUGCAAUUGUCCCUUGGAGAAGUCAGAGUAGCUGCAUUAUUUGAGCACAAAGAAGGUAAGGCUCGAGGUAAAAUUGGGUGUCAUUUAGCAUUGAUUUCAGGCAAUUUGUGAUAUUGAUAUGAAAUUAUACUGUUAAAAUAAAACAAUGGUGUAGCUAUUUUGCUGAGAGCAUUGUGGCACCCUGUUGUGCCACCCGCUUGUGGCAUUGUGAGGAUACCAUUGUACAGUUGGGCAUCCUGGGCAAGGGAGAGAGAAUUGCAGCCUUUGGUGUGCUUUAGAACCUCCCUGUGCUGCAGUGUGGCUGAGCAGGGCUCACCUUCCUGAGCCAACAUACAUCACUCACCUUACACAACACCGGACAUGCUCCUUCAAUUACCGUUUGUGCAGAUCUGAGCUAUUUUGAGAGGAAAGACGUGGGUUAGGUGGAAGGAGAUUGAAGGAAGCAAAAGGAUUGCAGGAAGUGAGGAAAGGAGGAGGACUUUUUCUUCUCCUGGGCAGUGGUGCCUCUGUAGUUACUGUGUCCUGACCCUUCAAAAUACUUCAAAACGCAAAGCUAUGUUCUCCUGCCAACACCAAUCUUAACAUUUUUACAAGUGUUAAUUUCUUUCCCUCCAUUUCUCAGCUUUGUCCUUCCUGAAUUUCAGGGGAAAAUAAAAACCUGUGAAUUCUUCAGUGGUACAGCCUGGGGCUGCUUUGGCAGUACUAUGUGACUGUUUAUUUUCCAAAGGAAAAAUGUCUGUGAAUGACAUUCUGGUUACCCUCAAAGCGAGAGACUUUAGAGUUUCACCUAAUCUUGCAUUAGGAUCUGUUUACCCUGACCAGAGCUUCCACAGCAGUGAGCUUACUAAAGUCUAGAUGUCUAUCCUUUUAUACUGGCCAUUGAUGGCAUAAUACACUCCCACACUCAAGCAGAUGCAUGAGAAUGAAGGCAAACAGUGUUUAACAAAGCUGGUUAUUUUCUUCUGAUAGAUAAUUGUUAUUUUAGACUCAUCUUCUUGCUAGCUGUGGUUAGAUUAAAUAUCAGGUUUAUGUUCAUCCCUCAUAAUGAGUUAUCCUUUGCAGGGGUCUGUGUGAAUAUUUGUCAGUGCUACAGCAUGCUUGUCUGUACAUACUACUUCUUAAUGACUUUUUAAUAGUUCUUGAUCAGUAUUGAAAAGCUUUUUAUAUAUUUGCCAAACAACCACAGUACCUAUUUUUAUGCAAGUAGCUAAAGGUGCUGAACUGAUUGCUGUUUAUAAAGCUCACUUGAAAUGUGAAGCAGUGAGACAAAAAUCCUCAUCUGAUUGGGAGUAACUGGAGAAACCUGGUAGAAGAAAAUGUACUUGGGCACAAGAGAGGCCAUCUGAUUGUUGAUAAUAAGUGUUAAUAUAUUUAAUUGCAGAUUCUUGGCCCUGUGGGACAUGUUGCAGCUGUUUUGAUUCUGACCAAAUGGUCUUCCCUGCAUCUCUUUUGUGGUUUUGGUGACACUGGGCCAGUCUGCAACGUUGGAGCAUUGAUUGGAGAACAUGGGAUCUGGUAGUUCUGUAAAUGUCAAUUACAAGUACUCCCUGCAGAAGUCUGAAAAUGCUUUCAAGGCAGCUGUUUUGAUUCAGCAGUGGUACCGGCGCCAUGUGGCUCGGCUGGAAAUGCGCCGCCGCUGCACCUGGAGGAUCUUUCAAUCCAUUGAGUAUUCCUGCGAGCAGGAUCAGAUCAAGCUUCACAACUUCUUCAGUUACCUCAUGGACCAGUUCACACCAAGCAGCAGCAAAGAGAGGGAUUUUAUCAGUCGCAUGUUCAUAAGUGGGGAAAGUUACAAAGAGGCAGAGCUGGAAAAAUACUGUGACUAUGAAUCCAUAGAGGUGCCAGACUCCUACACUGGACCCCAUCUCUCUUUUCCACUCCUCCCUGACCAUGCCACGGCCUUGCUGGAAGCUUUCCAACAGAAACAACAGCUCCAUGCUCGUUAUGUCUUAAACCUCCUGCAUGAGACCAGGAAGCACCUCAAGCAGUUGCCAAACAUCAGCCAUGUCUCCACCUGCUACAGCGAGGAGGUCACCGUGUGUGGAGACUUACAUGGCCAGCUGGAUGACCUGUUCCUCAUCUUUUACAAGAAUGGCCUUCCUUCCCCUUCCAAGUCCUAUGUGUUCAAUGGGGACUUUGUAGACAGAGGCAAGCAGUCCCUUGAGAUCCUUGUUAUCCUCUUUACCUUCCUCCUGAUCUAUCCCAAGGAGGUUCAUCUCAACCGCGGGAACCACGAGGACCACAUGGUGAACUUACGCUAUGGUUUCACCAAGGAAGUGAUGCAGAAAUACAAGGUGCAUGGGAAGAAAAUCUUGAGGAUGUUUCAGAAUGUCUUCUGUUGGCUGCCCUUGGCCACCCUGAUUGAUCAGAAAGUUCUCAUUAUUCACGGGGGCAUCUCUGACACCACUGACCUGGAAAUGCUUGAGAAAAUUCAAAGGGACAAAUUUAUUUCUGUGUUAAGGCUGAAGAAAAGGAAGGAAUCGAGUAGAAAACCACAAAUAGAGGCCGUAAAUGGGGAGAGCGAAGCAGGCACUGAUGCAGCAGGGAAUGAGGCAGCUCCCAGGUUAUCUCUGCAGCCCCAGUCAGCCCAGGCUCCCAACACAGCCAACAGGCUGGAGUUCUCCAGGUGGCUCCGGCAGACGGUGCAGGAGCAAAUCGACACAUGCCGCCGGCUAAUGGACAUCAGCGAGUCAGAGCCAGAGGAGCUCACCUAUUCCAGCGUGGUCUCCUUGAAGGAUGUGGAUGAGCCGUGCUGGACUCGCCAGGAGGAGUGGAAGCAGGUUUUAGACAUCCUCUGGAGCGACCCCAUGCCUCAGGAGGGCUGCAGAGAAAAUAAGGUGCGAGGUGGUGGCUGCUACUUUGGGCCUGAUGUGACGGAGAAGUUCCUUGACAAGUACAGCUUGCAGUUCCUCAUCCGCUCUCAUGAGUGCAAGCAGGAGGGCUACGAGUUCUGUCACAACCGCAAGGUGCUGACCAUCUUUUCAGCCUCAAACUACUAUGAGAUUGGCAGCAACAGGGGAGCCUAUGUGAAGCUGGGACCAGACCUCAUCCCCCACUUCGUUCAGUACCAAGCAAACAAGACAGCCCAUAUGCUCACUAUGACUCAAAGAAUCAGCAGAGUAGAGGAGUCAGCCUUUCGAGCCUUGCGGGAAAAGCUCUUUGCUCACACCUCAGCCCUCAUCACUGCCUUCAGGUCCUAUGAUGGGGACAAUACAGGAAAGAUCACUCUGAGCAACUGGGCAACAGCAGUGGAGUCAGUGCUGCGGCUGGGACUGCCCUGGCGAAUGUUGAGGCCACAGCUGGUGCGCAGCACUGAGGAUGGCAUGCUGGAAUACAAAUCCUGGCUGGAUGACUUGGCCAUGGAGCAGAGGAGCCAAGAGCACAUCCAGUCGAGCUUGCUGGAAGUCAUUUAUCGAAACAGAUCCAACUUAGAGACCAUAUUCAGGAUCAUAGACAGAGACCAUUCAGGUCUCAUCUCCUUUGAGGAAUUCCAGCAAACAUGGAAGCUGUUCAGUUCCCACAUGAACAUUGAACUCACGGAUGAUGGCAUUAACGACUUGGUCCGCAGCAUUGACUUCAACAAGGAUGGCAACAUUGACUUCAACGAGUUCCUGGAAGCCUUCCGCCUCGUCAAACAGCGCCCCUCCUGAGAACCUGCCGAGGGUUGCCAUGUCCCAUGCCUUGAUUUCUACAAAGCCAGGACUGUCCCACCUCACCUAGAGUGUGCCUGCAGACGGCAAGCAGGCAAAGGGAAGGCAGGUGCCCAAAACAGACAUCACUGUAGGUGAUAGCUGUAACCCACCUGGGGAAGCUAACAGGUGAAAUAGAUGAGCUGCACUUCAAUUCAAACUGCUUUUAAAAGAAGCUAUGUUUUAAAUAGUUGCCUGCUCCAAGGGAAGAUGCAACUUAGCUUCUCUUGUCAAUGUGAGAAAAUGUUACAGGUGUAUUGAAGUGCAGUAAAGUGGAAGUCCAUGUAUUACUUGUAGGCAGCGUUUUAAGGAGGUAGCACCUGUUUGAUCGCAGCUUUCCUUUUAAUAAACUGUUUUUUCUA